AUCUGCAAAUCAGCAGCUUACGGCACUAGUUAGCUACUGUGCAAGAACCAAACAGUUAAUCGCAUACAGAAUCUCAAUUAGCUCUGUGUUUCUUACCCUUGGAUUGGCGAUUGAAUUGUGUGCGUUCGGCGAUGGGAACAGCCAAGUUACCUGCAUUGCUUUGGUUACUAGCAGGCGUGGUGUUAGCACUUGCAGUUAACCCCGCUCAUGGCGCCAAGACUCGCCACUACGAUUUCUUCAUUACGGAGACCAACUACACGAGGCUCUGCCACGAGAAGAGCAUCCUCACCGUGAACGGGCAGUUCCCCGGCCCGACCAUCUACGCGCGCAAGGGCGACCUCGUCAUCGUCAACGUCCACAACAACGGGAACAAAAACAUCACCAUCCACUGGCACGGCGUGGACCAGCCACGGAACCCGUGGUCGGACGGGCCGGAGUUCAUCACGCAGUGCCCGAUCCGGCCGGGCGGCAACUUCACCUACCAGGUGAUCCUGUCCGAGGAGGAGGGCACACUGUGGUGGCACGCGCACAGUGACUUCGACCGCGCCACCGUCCACGGCGCCAUCGUCAUCCACCCCAAGCGCGGCACCACCUUCCCCUUCAAGAAGCCAGACAAGGAGAUACCCGUCAUCCUUGGUGAGUGGUGGAAUGACGACAUAGAGCACGUGCUCGACAAGGCGCAGCUCCUCGGCGGAGACGUGGAUCCGUCCAACGCCAACACCAUCAACGCCCAGCCUGGGGACAUGUUCCCCUGCUCCAGGGACGACACGUUCAAAGUGGCCGUGCAGCAGGGCAACACGUACCUGCUUAGGAUCAUCAACGCUGGACUCACCAACGACAUGUUCUUCGCCAUCGCGGGGCACCGCCUCACCGUGGUCGGGAUCGACGCCCGCUACACCAAGCCGCUCACAGUCGACUACAUCAUGAUCGCGCCUGGCCAGACCAUGGACGUGCUCCUCGAGGCCAAACGCACCUUGGGAUCCAACAGCCGGUAUUACAUGGCCGCGAGAACGUUUAUCACGUUACCGCUCGACACUAUCCCUUUCAACAAUAGCACUGCCACGGCUAUCGUGGAGUACACGGACAGCGUCACCGCGAGGCCGGUCGGGCCACCGGAAUUCCCCGUCCAGCUGCCGGCCAUCAAGGAUGAGAACGCGGCGAUGGCGUUCGUCACGCAGCUCAGAUCAUUAGGCAACCAGGAACACCCGGUGCACGUACCGACACAUGUCGAUGAGCACAUGCUCAUCGACAUUGACAUCAACGUUCUUCCCUGCGACCCCACCAACAUGGCAGAGAAGUGCAAAGAAGGACCCCAAGGCAACCGGUUCGCGGCGAGCCUCAACAAUGUUAGCUUCCAGAGCCCGGCUAUCGACGUCCUCGACGCCUACUACUAUAGCUCUGGCCACGGCGUGUACGAGGAGGACUUCCCCAACAAGCCGACAGCCUUCGUCGACCCGCCCGUCAACAACGGCAGUGGGCCCUUGAUGACGAAGCGUGGCACCAAGGUGAAGGUGCUGGAGUACGGCACUGUGGUAGAGGUGGUGUUUCAUGACUUGUCCAGCGAGAACCACCCUAUGCAUCUGCAUGGCUUCGCCUUCUACGUCGUGGGACGAGGGAACGGCACCUUCGACGAGAGCAGGGACCCGGCGACCUACAACCUCGUUGACCCGCCGUUCCAGAACACGGUCUCUGUGCCCAGGUCCGGCUGGGCCGCAAUCCGCUUCCGAGCAGACAAUCCAGGUGUGUGGUUCAUGCAUUGCCAUUUUGAUCGCCACGUGGUGUGGGGGAUGGACACUGUGUUCAUCGUGAAGGACGGCAAGACACCGCAGGCUCAGAUGCUGCCUCGUCCUCCAAACAUGCCUCAGUGCUAAUGACCGUGGUUCAAGGAAAAUAACAAGAGCAUGCAUCACAAGCAAGCGGAAAUUUGUUUAUUUUGUUGAUUGAUUUAGUGGUUUAUAUUUUUUCCUUGUUUCGAUGAAAAGGAAGAACGCAUUCUGUCUUGACUUGUAAUUGUUAGUCAUUUCGUUCUGUCAUGUAAGUUUGGGAUUUUAUGAAUAUAACUAAAUAAUGUUUAUGUAGUGGAUCGUUA